UGAUGAACAGAAUCUUCUUCUUCUUCUUCACCUCUUCUUCCCCAAUUAUCUUCUUAUGCUCAAACUAACUGACUUCAUCAUAAUUAGGCAACUCCCCUCUGAUUUCUAUACACAAUGUCAACUUCAUGCUCCACUUUGCCCAAUCCUCUCAAGUUUGAUUUCUCAAGACCUCAUCAUCAUAAUCACAGGAGCAGCAGCAUAUGUGGUUUUAGCAGGAGGGAUUUUGCGUUUAAAGGAAUUGUUGUUGCUGGAGCUUCGGCUAUGGCUUCUACUGUUGCUGCAGAACCCUCAAAAUCACAAGGUUUGGAGAAAUUAGUGUUUAAACCAGAGGGGUAUAAUUACUGGACGUGGAGAGAUCGAAAAAUACAUUACGUAGUCCAAGGGGAGGGUUCCCCCAUUGUUCUUAUUCAUGGUUUUGGGGCUUCUGCUUUUCAUUGGAGGUACAACAUACCCGAGCUGGCAAAAAAGUAUAAGGUCUACGCAGUAGAUUUGCUAGGGUUUGGAUGGAGCGAGAAGGCCCUUAUUGACUACGAUGCCCUUGUAUGGAGAGAUCAAGUUGUCGAUUUCGUCAAGGAGAUUGUUAAAGAACCUGCUGUUUUAGUCGGAAAUAGUUUAGGGGGAUUUACUGCUUUGAUAGCUGCAGAAUCGCUGCAGGAUCAAGUUAAAGGUGUUGUAUUACUAAACAGUGCUGGACAAUUCGGUGACGCCAUGCCUUCACCUAACGAGUCCGAAGAAAACGUCUUGCAAAAGUAUAUUCUGAAGCCACUCAAAGAUAUUUUUCAACGCGCGGUACUCGGGUUUUUGUUUUGGCAAGCCAAGCAACCAGCUCGUGUCGAGUCUGUCUUGAAAAGUGUAUAUACUAACUCUUCGAAUGUGGACGACUAUCUCAUCGAAUCCAUUACAAAGCCUGCAGAUGACCCAAAUGCUGGGGAAGUUUAUUACAGAUUAAUGACAAGAUUUAUGUCGAAUCAAAGAAAGUACACGCUCGACAGUGUACUGAGCCAACUAUCUUGCCCGUUGCUACUAGUAUGGGGUGAGUUGGAUCCAUGGAUGGGUCCCGCUAAAGCUGUUCGAAUAAAAGAAUUCUAUCCAAACAGUUCGAUAGUAAAUCUACAGGCAGGGCACUGUCCGCACGAUGAAGUUCCAGAGCUUGUGAAUAAGGCCUUGUUGGAUUGGCUCUCAAUUUUACCUCAAGCUUUAUGAACCAAAUUAUUGGUUGGUAACAUAUUUGUUUAGUUCAUAUACCAAGCUAAGUCUUGGCUUUCGCCAUUGAUGAGCAUCACGUCACGUGUGUACGUCUGCAAUUUGUGAUCAUCAUAUUACAUAUAUAUAUAUAUAUAUGAUUUUUGUUGUGAAGUGAUGAUUAUUUAAUAUUUACCAAGACUCCAUUUUUAUUUCCACAUACGUACGAGAAACAAAAUUUCUUGCGUGGCUUACAAUUCUCUUCAUAUGUAAUUUCCCCAAGUCAUGAACCUGAUCCAUAUUGAACUAUAAAUAUGACGUCAGAAGUGUGACGUCACCUUUUGAUUUUGGUUUGA